AUGGCCAGGCCGGAGGGCCCGCACCUGUCGACGGGGGAUGUACAAGUAUACAAUGAGGGAAGCAGAGGAGGACGCGACGGAAAGGAGCUGCCAAGUUCGUUUACUCUACGCUUUUCAAGAACUCCUACUAUGCGUUUCCUCGCUCCCGCUCUUUCGAUACUAGGCACGGCGGCCCUCGUGGCCCGUGUCACGGCGGCGGACGCGGGGGCAGACACUGUCGGCCAAAGCAACAUCGUCCCCGGCGCCUACAUUGUCGAGGUUGAGACGGACCAGGAUCCGACAGAUCUGUACCAAGAGCUGGAGUCGGAGGGCAUUGCCGUGGACGUGCGGCGGGACCUGCAGUUCCGGCUCUUCCGGGGCGGAUCGUUCCAGCUGCGCAACACGAGCAGCUCUGCGGCCGAGAACGAGGCACAGGUCCAGCGGAUCCUGCAGAAACCCAACGUCAGGAACGUGUGGCCGGUGCGCGCGAUUCAGUUUCCGAAACCGACGCCCGUGUCGGUGCGGAAAGGCUCGGCAGCCACCGACGGAGGCGACAUGGCGAGACGCGAUGGGAAGGACACGUACGCACCACAUGUGCUGACGCAGGUCGACCAGCUGCACGCCGCCGGGUUCACGGGCAAGGGCAUCAAGCUCGGCAUCGUAGACACAGGCGUGGACUACACACACCCAGCGCUCGGCGGCUGCUUCGGGCCCGGCUGCGUGGUCAGCUACGGACACGACCUGGUCGGGGACGAGUAUUGGUCCGGCUCAGCGCCGCAGCCCGACAACGACCCGUAUGACAACUGCCAGGGCCACGGCACGCACGUGGCGGGCAUCGUGGCGGCGCAGAGCAUCGCGGCAACGCAGAGGCUCGGGUUUGCGGGCGCGGCGCCGGAUGUGACGCUUGGCAUGUACAAGAUUUCGGGGUGCCCGGGCUAA